AUGUCUACCACCGACGUGAAGGCCAUCCUGUCCACUCUGACGCUGGAGGAGAAGAUCUCCCUGACAGCCGGAGCCAACUUCUGGGAGACCGUCUCUAUCGCAGACAAGGGGAUCCACGCCCUCAAGACGUCUGAUGGCCCCAACGGCGCGCGAGGUGCCACGUUCGCCGGAGGUAUCACGUCUGCGUGCUUCCCCGCCGCCUGCAACGUCGCGUCCACCUUCGAUGUCGACAUUGCCCGUCGUAUCGGUGUGGCCCUAGGCGAGGAGACCCAGACCAAGGGCGCCCGGUGCCUUCUGGCGCCUACCAUGUGCAUCCAGCGUCACCCCCUCGGCGGCCGCAACUUUGAGAGCUUCUCCGAGGACCCCUUCCUGUCUGGCAAGCUGGCCGCGCGCAAUGUCGAGGGUGUCCAGUCGACGGGCGUCUCGGCUACCAUCAAGCACUUUGCCGCCAACGAGCAGGAGACUCAGCGUCUGAGCGUCGAUGAGGAGAUCAGUGAGCGUGCCCUGCGCGAGAUCUACCUCAAGCCCUUUGAGAUUGCCAUCAAGGAGGCCAACCCCGGCGCCGUCAUGACUGCCUACAACCAAGUCAACGGCCACCACGCCGAUUCUCACCCGUUUCUCCUGAAGCGCGUUCUUCGCGGCGACUGGAAGUGGGACGGCCUCGUCAUGAGCGACUGGGGCGGUGUCAACUCGACUGCUGACUCCCUGAACGCUGGCCUCGAUCUCGAGAUGCCCGGACCCACCCGCUGGCGCAAGGUGGAGGACGUUCUGGCCGCUGUCAAGGCAGGCAAGCUGACGGAAGAGACGAUCAACGACCGCGCCCUUCACGUUCUGCGCUUCCUCGAACGCCAGAAGGUCUUCGAGGACCCAACCAUCCCCGACGAGAAGGCCGUCAACAAGCCCGAGCACCAGGCCCUCAUUCGCGAGGCUGGCGGCAAGGGCAUCGUUCUCCUGAAGAACGAGGGCAGCGUUCUGCCUCUGACGAAGGAGAAGGUCAAGGGAAAGAAGAUUGCUCUCCUGGGCUAUGCUAAGGAGGGUCUCGCCCACGGCGGCGGCAGUGCUUCGGUCAACGCUCACUACAAGAUCACCCCCUACGACGCGCUGAAGGAGGCUUUCGGAGACGACGUCGAGAUCACGUACAGCAAGGGCGCCCACACCUUCCGCCAGCUGCCUCUGCUGGCGGAAAACGUCGUCAGCACCGACGGCACGACGCCUGGUUUCACCUACAGCAUUUACGAGCCCGGCAAGUCGGAGCCCAUCAAGGCUACCCAAGGCCACAAGACGUCUGAGGUUGGUAUCCUCGAUGCCUUUGACCUCGAGAACAAGGAGAUCGAGCUCGUCGGUACUUUCACUCCCCCCGAGACGGCCACCUACUACUACACCCUCACCGGCCUUGGCCCCUCCUACGUCUCCAUCGACGACAAGGUUGUCUUUGAGCAGAAGGACAACUGCUCCGACUCGAUGGGCUUCCUCUUUGGCGGCGUGCCCGUGCCGACCAUGAAGUUCCCCUUCGAGGCUGGCAAGACGUACAAGCUUCAGGUUCGCAGCUCGCCCCCUGCGCCUGUGCCCGGCACUGAUCUCGGCAUUCUCGAGGGCCGCGCCGGUGUCCGUUUCGGCGCCAUGUCCGCGACCGAGCACGACCGGGACAUUCUCAGUGAGGCCGUCGACGCCGCCAAGGCCGCCGACUACGCCAUCGUCUUCACCGGCCACGAUCCCACCUGGGAGACUGAGGGUCAGGACCAGGCCGGCUUCCACCUCCCCAAGGACGGCAGCCAGGACCGCCUCGUUUCUGGCGUCGCCAAGGCCAACCCCAAUACCAUUGUCGUCAACUCGACUGGUGUCGCCGUCGCGCUGCCGUGGCUGUCCGAGAUCAAGGGCCUCCUCCAGGCCUGGUUCCCCGGCCAGGAGGCCGGCAACGCCAUCGCCGACGUCCUCACCGGCGCUCGCACCCCCGAGGGCCACCUCACGUGCACGUUCCCCAAGCGCCUCGAGGACUGUCCCGCCUACGGCAAUUUCCCGGGCACGUACGUCGACGGCAAGCUCAAGGUCAAGUACGAGGAGGGCGUCUUUGUCGGCUACCGCCACUUUGACCGCCUGCCCGCCGACAAGGUCCAUUUCCCCUUCGGCUUCGGCCUGUCGUACACCACGUUUGCCCUCGCCGACCUCGCCGUCAGGGAGACGUCUGCCGACGCGUACAGCGUCAGCGUCAAGGUGUCCAACACGGGCGCCGUCGAGGGCGCGACGGCCGUGCAGAUCUACGCCGGCGCCGCGACGCCGUCGGACGACACGCCCAUCAAGGCGCUCGUCAGCUUCAAGAAGGUGACUCUCAAGCCCGGCGAGAGCGCGACGGUCGAGCUGCCGGUGCAGGUCCGGGACUUUGCCUCGUGGAGCGAGGAGGCGCAAAAGUGGGUGAUCAAGGGCGGCGAGUACAAGAUCAGCGUCGGCAAGAGCGCCGGCGAGCUGGUGCUGUCGUCGGAUGUGCAGAUCAGCGACAAGUCGUACGAGGCGUAG